AUGGCGUCUGGGCUCGGCAGCGAGCUGUGCCAGCAGCACCCAGAAGAUGCUGUGGGUGACGUGAUCGAAGUGUAUUAUGGUGACAAUCGCUUUGGGACAAUGACCGACUCUGGCACGGCGACGCUCAAACCUCGUCCGAGGGUCCGGCCGCUCCUGACUUUCUUGCCCCUUAAUGCCCAAGAGUCCCACGGGGUGGCUGUGCCGACGCCGUCGGUGCCAGAAGACUUUGAGGAAAAAGCAGCUCUUGGCUCUGGCUCCCACAUCAAUGGGAACUACCGAAUGUACAGCUCGGUGGGGGACCUGCGCCCACAGGCUCUCGAGGGGGAUGACCUGGAUGAAGACAUCCCUCCGCCGCCGUCGGUACCCCCACCACCCCCUCCAACAGCGCCUGCGCCACCGCCUCCACCGGGGCCUCCCUGGUUCCACCCGUUGCCUGCUCCUCCCCACGUGAGACCUGCCCACGGCAGCUCGCAGUACGGCGGACCCACCAACACCUUCACGGUCCGGCCCGGGGCGCGGCAGCCCAUCUCCUACGCCUACCAGAGCGGCCAUCGAUAG